AUAAUACAAUGAAUGCAAGGUUUUUUUCCAAAAUUUGUGGUUUACACUUUAUACACCUUAAAGAGUCAUGAAACCCUAAACCAAAAUUUCUGAGAUUUUAACAGAGGUAUGUGUGUUGAACACCACUGAAGACAAUGUUAGCAUCUGUUAGAUUUAAUAGUAGGGGGGAAAUGGUUAAAUUUUAGUUUUUAUACGCUAUUUUCGUCUUCCGGGUUUAAAAUCUUCAUCCUGUCCACGUCACAGGCUGUGACGUGGCAGAGCACGAUAGUACUUUGAUGACUCAUCGGUGUCUCAUAAUUAUUAAUGAGACUGAGUUUUUUAUCCAAUGAGAAGACACUCUCUUAAUUAUUCAUGACACCACGUGGAUCUUCCCAACGACAGACUUGUCAAGCAAGCUGUGAUAUCGCGCAGUAGAUGAGUGAGGCGAUCAUGGGACGCAAGUGUUUGUUUUCGUGGUGCAAAAGUUCAAAUGGGUUGCAUAUGUUUCCCCGCGAUGCUGCCAGGGCUAGACUCUGGCUGCGGGCGGUUGGUUGGCCAUCAACCACGGACACAUCCAGAUUAUAUGUGUGCAGCAAACAUUUUUCGAGAGAGAGCUUCGAGAAUUGGAGAAUGGUGGACUUUGGCCUUGUUGACUACCAAUGCAAGUUGCGUCUCGCGAUUGAUGCGGUGCCAAGUCCCGAGGACUUUUCUAUACUUUCAGAGGUAUGUGUGUGUCUAAAAUUUAAACCUAUUCGUUUUACUUGCCUUUUGUUAAAUAAGCGCUCGUUAUUAAAAUAUUUGAUAUUUCGAUAGUACCUCAAUUGUAUGCUUAAUUCGUGUAAUUAAAUAUGUAAUAUAUUUAAAUAUGUUUGGGAAGUCUUUGGAAAUUAAUAUGUUUGUAUUGUCAGCCUAAACUGUGUUGCGAGAUGGCGUGUCAGACCGAACAGCCCGCCAAAAAAGAUGCUGCAUGUCAAACCCAUCCCGACAUGAAGCAUAUGUCAACGCAACAUCGCUGGAAACCUGAACGAAGGAGCAAGAGCACUCAGGUGAAGCAACAGAAAAGGCAUGUUGGUUGCAACACUUCCACACCAUUCAUACCACUAGAAAAAGGUCCUCUUGCAACCUCUACCCCUUUGAAAAGACCCAGAAGAGAGGCUGAGGAUUCUGAUUGUAGUUUCCAACCAGGAAUGACUGACAGCAGCAUCUAUAAUGAGAGCACUGUAAUUGCAACACCACCCCAUAUAAUGAGGAAAUUCAUUGUUUAUGAGGAAAACCUCAUGGACCUGUUCAAGAAUUGCCCUGCCUGCUCGAGACACUGUGCAAUAAAGAGCAGAACAGUGGGUACAGUUCUACAUGUGGACCAGACCUGUGUUCAUUGUGAACAUCACAAACAGUGGGCCAGCCAACCGUAUGUCAAGAACAUACCAGCUGGGAAUCUGCAGCUUGCUGCUGCUGUGCUCUUUAGUGGCUCAUCCUUCUUGCAAGUCACCAAGUUUAUGCAGGCAUUCAACAUUCAGGGGAUUUGCCACACUACAUACCUGAAACACCAAAGGACAUUCCUAUUCCCAACAAUCAAUUGGCAGUGGAAACAGCAUCAAAAUACUGUGAUUGCAGAAGCACUCAAAGGAAGGAAUGUAGUUCUGGGUGGGGACAUGCGUGCUGACUCACCUGGACACAGUGCAAAGUAUGGAACAUACUCGCUGAUGGACCUCAGAGCAAACAAGAUCAUGGAAAUUCAGCUCAUUCAGAGCAAUGAAGUCGGCAACAGUCAGCGUAUGGAGAAGGAAGGUUUAGAAAGAAGCCUGAGAGAGCUAGAGCAGAGAGGAGUAACUGUGCGAAAGAUUGUCACUGAUAGACAUCCUGGUGUGAUGAAGUUCCUCAGAGAGAGUAGACCAAGCAUUUUGCACAGAUAUGAUGCAUGGCACAUGGCAAAAGGUGUUGGCAAGAAAAUUGAUGAGCUUGCAAAGCAAAGAAGCUGCAAAGAGGUUGGCCCCUGGAAAAAAAGCAUCGUGAAUCACCUUUACUGGUGUGGAGCCUCAUCAUCAUCAGGAAAGGAAAUUGUUGCAAAAUGGAGAUCUGUUGUUAACCAUGUACAAGAUAUCCAUGAGCAUGAAGGUGAAUUCCAAAGAUGCCAGCAUCCUCCUCUUGUUGGUGACCAGGCAAGACAGUGGCUUAAACCAAGUACUGCUGCAUGUGAAAAGCUCACUCAGGUCAUCUUGGCACCCAAGUUGCUGAAAGACCUAGAGAACCUAAGUUCUGACUUCCAGACAUCAGGACUGGAGUCAUAUCACAGUCUGAUCCUCAAGUUUGCACCAAAGAGCGUGGCAUUCUCUUUUGUGGGGAUGUUGUGCCGGACUCAACUUGCAGCCAUGCACUACAAUGAAAAUAGCGGAAGACCACAAGCAACAACAGCUGCAGGGGAGCUCCGAUGGCAUAUGCAGUAUCCACGCUACAGAAGAGGAGAGUACACAGUACGACUUCUGAAAAGAAAUCCCACAUUUGAAUAUGUUGACAGAUUGCAGGAUCUGCUUUUUGAAAGUGUGUUGGAGCAGCCACAACUGUUUCAGGAAUCUCUAAAAGGACUGCAAGUUCCUGACCACCUCUGCACACAGUUUCAAAGACCUGAAAAGAGUGAAGCUGUUGCACAACACACGUCACGAUUUAGACCACCUUCUGUCUGUCUGUGA